UAGAGGCUACACGGGGGACCUUUGUCUCUGGUCACCAUGCUUCUUUCUCGAGACACGAGAGACGUCGUCGUGAUCAGCGUGGGGUUCCUCUUCCUAUUCACCGCCUUCAACGCCCUCCAGAAUCUACAGAGCAGCCUCAACAGCGAGGGCAGUCUGGGCGCGGCGUCGCUGAGCGUCGUCUACAUCACGCUCGUCGCCUCCUGCCUCUUCACGCCGUCCGCGCUCAUCCACCGCCUGGGCUGCAAGCGCACCAUGGUGCUGUCCAUGGGCUGCUACCUGCCCUACUUCGCGGCCAACUUCUACCCCACCUGGGCCACGAUGGUGCCGGCGUCCAUUGUGCUGGGCGCCGGCGCCGCUCCCCUCUGGGCCUCCAAGUGCGCCUACCUGACGGCGAGGGCCCGCGGCCGGGCCGCCAUCGUCGGCCGCUACUUCUCCCUCUUCUUUGCCCUCUUCCAGAGUGGCCAAGUAUGGGGCAACCUCGUCUCGUCGCUCGUGCUGACGCAGGCGCCCGGCGCGGAUGAAGGGGGCGGAGACUCGCGACGGGCCACGCCCACCGACGUCGCUCGCGCGCGCGGGGUAGAUGAAGGGGGCGGAGACUCGCGACGGGCCACGCCCACCGACGUCGCUCGCGCGCGCGUGGGGCGGAUGAAGGGGGCGGAGACUCAUGGCACGGCCAACGCGUCCCUGCUGCUGCUGCUGCACUGCGGCGUGGGCAGUUGCCACGGGGAGGCUCCGGGCGGCGGCGGCGGCGGCGGCGGCCUCGAGGAGGUGCCGGGCGCCGUUCAGCCGUCGAGGGUCACCGUCUACAUCGUGCUCAGCGUCUACAGCGGCUGCAGCAUCCUGGGCCUGGUUCUCGUGGCUGCGUUCGUGAGGCCCCUGGAGGACGAAGCGGCGAGGAGAGGCCCCGUGGGGGGCACCGCCAGGGGUCACCCCCAGGGGUCACGCCCAGGGGUCACGCCCAGGGGUCACCCCCAGGGGUCACGCGGGAGCCGGGAGCUUGGGCCGGUCGGAGGAGACGAAGCUACGAGCGGCAGUCAUGGCGAUGUUCGUGGUGCUGGUGGUGCUGGUGGUGCUGGUGGUGCUGGUGGUGUUUUUGUUGUUGAUGGCGGUGGUGAUGUUGGUGGUGCUGGUCGUGUUGGCGAAGUUCGUGGUGUUGGUGGUGGUGGUGGUGGUGACAGUAAUCACGGUGACAGUGGUGAUGGUGAAGCUGCUGUGCAUGGGGAGGGAUGGUGCCGAUUGUUCCUGGCCACCAUGCGCCAGAUGCAGGACCGUCGCCAGCUGCUGCUGAUACCACUCACCAUGUACAGCGGCCUGGAGCAAGCUUUCCUUGCCAGCGAUUUCACCAAGUCGAUGGUGACGUGCGCCCUGGGGCUGGAAUGGAUUGGCUUCGUCAUGAUCUGCUACGGUGCCUUCGACUCGGUUUUCUCCUUCCUCAUGGGCCGGAUCUCCCAGCUCGUGGGCCAGCCGGCCCUCAUCUUAUUGGCGUCGCUCACCAACGCCUCCCUGCUCAUCACCAUGUACGUGUGGAUCCCGCGUCCCGACCAGGCGGCCGUGCUCUUCGCGAUGGCCGCGCUCUGGGGGGCCGCGGACGCCGUGUGGCAGACGCAGCUCAACGCGCUCUACGGAGUGCUGUUCGCGGCGAACAAGGAGGCGGCGUUCGCCAACUACCGCCUGUGGGAGUCCCUGGGUUUCGCGGUGGCGUUCGCCUACAGCGGCGCCGCGUGCUUCGCCGCCAAGAUGGCCGUCGCGCUCGCCGCCCUCGCCCUGGGCCUGGGCCUCUACGGCGUCGCCGCGACGCGGGGAAAGCGACGGGCCGGCGGGCCGAGCGGAGGGCCGAGCGCCGCUGCGACGGCAACGCCGCCGGCCCCGUCUCCGUCGCAGCGAAAAGAAGAAGAAAAGUAA